CCACCAAAUAUCCUCCAAUCACAAAUCCGGAAGGGAGGACCGUUAUUUCCCUUGUACCGCCCACAGCCAAUCGGACGCGUGUGGCGGGCGUGGCCGAUGGGUGACGCGUGUGAGUCGCAACCAGGUCCCCUGUAGAAACCGCUGCUAGGACGCAACGGCGACUGAGUCAUUGCGCGCUGAGCGAUGCGCCGAAUCCGGGAACGAGAGAGAUCGGCCGAGCUGGUGGCUGAGCGAUAAGAUGUCGGGCUCCGCGCUGCAGCUGCUGGCCUCUCACGGCCGCCAGACCCUGGGCCGAUGGAUGCACGGCCGGGAGCCCGCUGACAGCCUGCUGGGCUCCGAGCUGGGGGAGAGUCAGCACCCGCUGCUGCAGAGCCCGCCGCCUCCCGAGCUCCCCCAGCCCGGCGCUGAGUCCUGGAGCUGCCCGGGACUGUGCUGGUGCCGGAGCCUGGUGCUGCUGUGCGCGCUGAGCGCCGUGUGCUGCGCCUCGCUGGCCCUUGCCCGGCACUACCUGAAGGACGUGCUGCUGUGGGUGGAGAGCCUGGACAGCCUGGUCGGGGUGCUGCUCUUCAUCGUCGGCUUCAUCCUGGUCUCCCUGCCCUGCGUGUGGGGCUACAUCGUGCUGAACGUGGCCGCCGGCUACCUGUACGGCCUGGUGCUGGGCAUCGGGCUGGUCAUCGUCGGGGUGCUGAUCGGCACCUUCAUCGCUCACCUGCUGUGCAAGAGGCUGCUCACCCACUGGGUGCUGGCCAAGAUCGGGAGCAGCCAGAGGCUGGGGGCCGUUAUCCGGGUGGUGGAGGGCGGCGGCGGGCUGAAGGUGGUCGCCCUGGCCCGACUCACCCCCAUCCCAUUUGGCCUGCAGAAUGCUGUGUUCUCGAUUACAGAUCUAUCGCUUCCCAACUAUCUCGCAGCUUCCUCCGUUGGCUUAUUUCCAACCCAGCUAUUGAAUUCCUACUUGGGAACCACCCUGCGGACCAUGGAGGACGUCAUUGCCGAGCAAAGUGUUAGUGGAUACUUUAUAUUCAGCUUGCAGAUCAUGAUAAGCAUAGCGCUCAUGUUCUACGUUGUCCACCGAGCUCAAGUGGAGCUGAAUGCAGCUAUCAUGGCUUGUGAGAUGGAACUGAAAGACGGCCAUUUUGGUGGUGGCAGCAGCUCGGCUUUCUGCAGCAAAAGGACCUUGUUCUCUUUGGAUGGAAUUAACAUAGUAUGAUUCCUGCUCAGCCUUUGUUUAUUGACAAUACUCGGAUCACUAUUCCUUCAUUGAAGGAAACAACCAAUUCCUACAGAACUUUCCAAUUGAACUUUAAAUGUUUUUCCUUUGCAAGGACACCUACCGGAAUCUCCACAUUGGAAGCAUUCGUCAGACUUUGCAUUCUGCGUGUGCCAUGGCUUAUACAAUGCACUUUUCCUGCACAGCUCUUAAGAACAAUAUGUUGUGGCAUAUUUAUUUAUUACUGCACAUAUUUCAUAUGCAAAUGAAGACAAGUAACUUGUAUGAAAAAUGUUUUGUUUCCAUAAUAUAUUUUUCUUUUAAAUUAUUGUUGAAAGACCACUAAACCUAAAAUACCAUAAAAGUGCUACUAAUAACAUUGACAAUAGAAAUUUAAAAAUUUCACUGUAACUGAAAUUAAGUUCCUUCAGUUAAAGUUUUACUCCUGGGGGAGUAACUUUUCCUAUGCACAGCAAACUUCCUGCCAGGAAUCCCUUUGCAGUACGCAACGUGCAGAUUAUUUAGGCAACAGCUACGUUAGGCACAUUUUCUGUAAAUACAAUGUUCUGUCAAGGUUUUUAUCUAUAUAGAAUAUAUUUAAUUUUAUAUGAAAUAUAAAAUAAAUUGUAUUUUAGGUUUAAUAGUCUUUAACAAUUCCCUAGAUGCUGUUUGAUAACAAGAUGACCAUUAGGGAAACAACUGAAGCUUACCCCCUAUAAAGUGCUCUUAAACCGGCUGUGUUUUCUUGAAACUGUGGUCUCUCUCUAAAGUUGCUUAGCUGAAGUUUUUGGUUUGUUGCCGGUAAAAGCCAUUUUUAUUUCGAGGACCAGAUUUACAGACAGUUGUUGUUGUUCUCUGAUAGGGCUGCAUUGUCACUGGCAAAUGUUAGACGCGCAAAUAGAUGAAGGGAGCAGCGGGGUUUGACAUCGGGGAGGAAAAUAUGAAUUGACGGCUGGAUACACAGUGGCGAAUUUCAUUGGAUCACCUAUAUCUAGGGCACAAUUAAACUGUAUGUAAUUCUUACCUGACUUGUGUUUUUUUUUUUUUUUUUUUUAAUUAACAUCCAAUCAAUGUGUAGGUCUUGCUGGUUCAUUAGACGGUACACAACACACUUAUUACUUAUUAAUAUAGUACAUGGCAAUAUGUGUAUUACAUUUAUUGUUCUUAUUUUGUAGAUGUAGCUGUACUGUGUAAUGAUUACUUAUUGAAAAGGGAUGCGGUCAAGAUGCCGCCGACCGGAAUCCCGGCGGUCGAAAUACCAACGCCGGAAUCCCGACCGCCACAAUCCCGACAUAUUCUCCCUCCGUGGGUGUCCACGACACCCUUAGAGGGAGAAUAUAAUAGUGUGCCGAGCGUAGCGAGGCACCGUGCCCGCAGCGUGGCCAGCGAAGCGUUCCGCUCGCCACCCCUGUCGGGAUUGUGUGGUCGGGAUUCCGGCGUCGGUAUUUCGACCGCCGGGAUUCUGGCCGGCGGCAUUUAGUACUGAUCCCAUUGAAAAGGUACAUCUUCAAUACGUGUACAUAAAUAUGGUCAUUUUUGGAUCACCGCGUUUCAAGUGCUGGACUGUCUGCAGCUUGUCCUAUUGAGUGGCCUUUAACUUUUUAUGUUAUAUUUAUUUUUAUUUCCACUUGUAAAAUAAGCUUUAAAACAAUGUAAAUGCAGCCAUUGCUUGAAUUUUGUAUUUAAAGUGUACCUGAUGCCUACACACAGUAGAGGCUGCCAUUUUGGGGGCAGGACAAGUAUCCAUGACAACAAGUGAUGUCUAUGCAGGAAGUGCCUCAAUGAUUCCUAGGGAAUUGAUAAGCGGGCCUUGACUUUAGGUGACCAUUGGUCUAGCCCACAAAAUGGUUUCCUCCAGAGGCUGUGUAGAGAACAGAUGCUCUUUAGACUGUCUUGCUUUGCACAUUUUUUCAGUUUUUAAGAAAAGUGUGCUGAAUUUGUAUGCAGCGAUGGUGAAACGCGCCCCUUUUUUACUCAGGACUUUAAAAAUGUGAAUUUUGAUCUGAGUUAUUGCAGUUCGGUUCUGGAAUGUUAAUCUAUAAUGUAACUCAUUGUGUAUUCAAUUAAAACCAUAAACAAA